CUCAGUAGCGUCGUUAAUGUGGUCGAAGGAACACCAUGGAGUUGAGAAUUUGUUCCAGCUAUUCGCUCUACAAGUUUCUCGCCCUGUGCUGCUUUUUGACCAUCGUGCUUUUUCUAAUAUAUUCAUCGAAUACUUCUUCGAAUACAAAUCAUGAUUUAUAUCCGCCUACUACGCGAUUUUCUCGAGUUUCGGUAAAGGCUGAACCGCAGAAAUUCUUUGUGAAAACAUCCAAGUGCCAUAUACCCUAUGUGGAUCCUUUCAACGACGAAGCCAUGGAGUUGUACAAACCGCAAACACUAAUCACCUGCUCGAAUGAGACCGAUCUCAUAUCAACAACAUACAAUGAAAUUAUCAAACGGCAUAUUCUGCACAUCGACGAUGAAGUCGCUCAAAAAUUGCUUAAUUUCACAGACAAGGACUAUAAUUGCUUUUACCGCGAAAUCAAAUAUGGAAAGAUUGCAGAUACCUACGACAAUCUCAAGGCCAAAAAAUAUUUCACGAGUGGUUACGAGGUGCCAGUUCAUGUGGAGGGAAUGAUCGUCGAGUGCCAGACGGCUGAUGAUCCGAUAGUUGUCCUUCAGAAGGACGCCUUCGCCUUCAUCCAGCAUCGGCCGUUGCCCAAGGACUCCAUAAGACCCAGGGCAGCUCGGAAGCCAAGCGUGAUAAUGUACGGUAUCGACUCUCUUUCCCGAAUAAACUUAAGACGCACUAUGCCCAAGGUUUUUAACUUUCUACAGGGCCCAGGAUGGUACGAGAUGCAAGGAUACAAUAAGGUUGCCGACAACUCAUUCCCCAACAUACUCGCUAUUCUCAGUGGAUAUUCAGCUAGUACGGCUAAGGAAAAUGUCUGCGAUACGGAUAAACAGGGCUGCCUGGACGAGAUGCCAAUGAUAUGGAAGUAUUUCAAGAAUGCCAGCUAUUUGACAGGAUACGCGGAGGACGAGAGUAACUCGAAUCAUUUCAACUACCUAAAGCCCGGCUUUUCCAAAAAGCCGAUGGACUAUUACUUUCGCCCAUUGCUUAGAGCACUGGAGUCCGAAAUGGAUGUGUACCGAUUGCCGGAACAUGACUACAUGCGAUACUGUUUGGGUCGCCGGAUAGCGAAUCGUUAUAUCUACGACUAUGGCCUACAGUUCACGAAGCGUUUUGUUCACGAUCGACCAAUUUGGGGAAUGUUUUGGUCGAAUCACUUCAGUCACGAUGAUCCCUUUAUGCCAUCAGCAAUGCAGGAAAAGGUGCUGGGAGAUUUGAUCGAUAUGCAUGCGGAUGGGCAAUUCGAAGAAAUGAUAAUGAUAUUUUUCGCCGACCACGGAACCAGAUUUGGCGAUUUGACCUAUCUGAAGGAGGGCUUUCUGGAGGAGCGGCUGCCCAUGAUGUUUAUAUAUCUGCCCCCGUGGUUUCGUGAAACAUAUCCAUCUUAUGUAAGGGCACUGGAGUUGAAUCAGCACAGGCUUAGUUCCAACUUUGAUCUUCACAAUACGCUGAAACAUAUCAUAGAGAUUGGAGGCACCCCAGAUGGUCGAGAGUUACCCAAGUCCUUCGAUUGCCCCACCUGUCAGUCGCUAUUCUAUCCCCUGCCGGAGGGUCGAACGUGUUCGGAAGCCGGCAUUGAGGAGCACUGGUGCACCUGCGAACCCUACAAGAUUAUCUCGGGACAAGAUUGGACGACUCCUAUUGCCCACAGUGUGAUCGAUCGAAUGAACGAGUAUUUCGUUCAAAAGAACUUAACCAGUCUUUGCAGCAAUCUGACGCUAAAUUAUGUGCAUAAGACUGAGAUAAAAACCGGUCUUAACAUCGAUUGGCACCAAACACUGAUGGAAUCGGAAACAGCGGUUUAUCGUAUUAAGUUUAAAGUGAAGCAGAAUAGUGCUGACUUCCAGGCCACAGUGGUAUACCAUAAUUCCACCCAAAAUGCUCAAGUAAAUGUGGAGAAAAUCAGCAGAACGAAUUCAUACAAGGAAGACUCCACAUGCAUCGAUGAUAAGCUUGCAAAACUAUAUUGUAUUUGCUUUAGUGACCUCCACUGAUUAAGUCUCUUAUGUACAAAAUAAAGUUUAAGUUUAGUUUAAAACUCCUUACAUAAGUUUUCAACUGCAUUCCUUUGCUAGCAGCAUUCCCAAGCCAGAUGAACAAGUUAUAAAAAAUUUUAAGGGCCAACCGACAGCUUAGGAGAAUGAAGUGCUAUAUAAAUUCCAGAGAAUUCGUUAACCAAACUUUUGGUAUCAGUUGACUAAUAACAUCAAUCAUUCGUCAGAAAAGUAUUUAGUUGAAAUACUUUUAUCAAAUUUUAUGUCGAAUUUGAUACUGGAGACUUUGAUGAAGAUAAGAAAGAUUAUAAUUUUUGGAAUGGCGCAAUCACAAUAGUCCGGAAAGGCAAGGAAAUCCCAUCCACCAGAUUGGCUCUGUUGAAGUCAACGUUGUUAACCAAGAUACGCAACAUUUAAUGCAACACCGCAAUCGGUUAAGGUCAAUUGUCCCCCAGAUCUUUUUUCGAAGAAAGUAGCGGAUUAUAAUAAAUUUCUUGAGCAACUUUCAACUCUUGUGAUUUUAUUAAAAUCGUACAUUCUAAAGUCUACCCCUAACGCACUCUUAUUCUAAAUCGGUACUCGUCUAGUGAAAUAAAGUAUU